AGUGUGUGGUUGACCUUCGACUGGUAGAGUCUAGCUCCUAAUUGCUGAAUUCUGAGAUUUUUAAAAAUUCAACUCUUAAUUUUUGUUUUGUGACACAUAUAACAUGACAUCCGAUUUGUCUGGUACUCCGAAGAUGACUGUGCCGUACGAGUGGAACUUUGAGAGUGUCGGCGAAGAACCAAUGACGAUUGCGUCAAAAAUGAUUUUGUUUCGAGGUGAAAAAGUAUUCCGUGUAGGUUUGAAGAAUCACACACUGAAACCAACAUUGUUUUUCAUGGCAACUGAUCUCAGAAAAAUCGGGAUGAAAGUGGAAAGCAUAAUGUUUGGAUUUCAAGAUAGUGGCUCAGCAAGGCUGUCGAAAAUGAAAAACCAAGAUAUCGGCGACGAAGGAAGUCUGCAGCUAUUCAUCAAAAAAUUUCCUAAGAAGUUGGUUGGAAAACGCACUUUUGUGUUUCGAAUUUGCAUCGUAGGGGCUGAUUCCGGCUAUUCCUAUCAAUUGUCCGAUCGUCUGGCCAAGUCUCAAUUAUGGGCUGCUCUAAUAAUUCAAAAACAUCUAGCGGACGUUGAAUUUGUUGUGAAGGACAAGAUAUUUCCUGCACACAAAUCAAUCCUUGCUGCCCGAAGUCAAGUGUUUGCAGACGAAUUCGAGAAGAAACAACUGGGAAAAGAUGGUAUUCAACAGAUCCGAAUCGAUGGCGUGCAACCUUCAACUGUGUUGAAUUUUCUUCACUUUCUCUACACGGGAGAGCCGAUAGGAACAUUUGCAGAUGAAGAAUUGCUCAAGUUAGCUGAUCAUUAUCAACUGAAAAUCCUGUCUGGUUUAUGUCAACAUGCUCUGAAGAAAAUGGAUGCCAUGCAAAUGGCUAAAGUCAGCCAACAAUUAAACAGCAACGCCGAAGAUCUUUCCUCUUCCAAAAUCAUGCCGGAAGAAGAAACGGAAAUAUUUUUUGAUCGAACGAAGCCUACCUUUCGAUGCCCUUGGCUAUUGAAAAAAGCUGAAAAUGGCCAAACCAUAUGUGUGAUGCAGUAUCAAAAUGAAAAUAUUUUCAUUGCUUACUUCACUGAAGAAAAAGAAAUUGAUUCGCAAUCUAAACAAGACGAAAUUAGUAAACCUGUGAUUCAUUUUACAUGUGCCAAGCAUCGCACCUUCGGUCUGCAAGUUGAAGAUAUUUACUGCGGCAUGAAAGAAUCGGGCUCGAGGGGAUACAAUCGAUGGUUAAAAAUGGAACCGAAACAUCAUCAGAAAAACGCCGAAGUACUACACUUCGCAGUACAAGCUCGUUCGGGUUUCAGCAAAGGAAAUCUUCAAUUCCGAGUCUACUUCCACAUCAAAACGAUCAGCAUGAUUGACAAUUAUUAUUACGAGAUGAUGGACGACAAAUGGACGACAGAUUUAUGGCUGGCAGCGACAAAUCAGAAAUUGACGGAUGUCGAAAUCUUUGUCGGGACUGUUAAGGUGAUGGAAGCCCAUCGGAUUAUUUUAUGCGCCCGGAGUCCAGUCCUGAAUGCAUCUUUAAAUAACAACAGCAACGCAACGAAAUCUAUCGUCACAUUUGGGGCUGAAUUUGAAGUCGAGAUUGUCAAGAGUUUUCUAAAUUUCCUUUACACCGGAUCUUUAAAAACGACUGACGGCUGCCAUCAACUUAGUAAAUUGGCCACAAUGUUUGAAGUGGAGACAUUGACAAAUGUGUGUCAACUAUUCAAUCGCGUACCAGAUAUUGAAGAACUGAGCGACUCUCUCUUACAGGUAGAAUCAUCAAAUGAGUUGCCGUAAUUCUUUAAUUGGAUAUUAUACAACAUGUGUUGUGUGUAUUUAAUUAUUUAUGUCGUUUAAAUACAGAAUUUCAUGUAUGA